AUGAACUAUGAGGAUGAGUUUUCUCAAGACGAAGACGAUGACCAGGACUUUUUACUCGAUGACGAAAAUUAUGCCAUGUCGCCGUCAGCUUCCCAAUUCAUGUAUCGUCGCCAACGUCUAUCUUCAACAAAUUCUGGAGUUGUGCAAAACGUCCCGAAAUUAAUGGACUUCAUCCCAGAUGAUAUCGACAAAAAGCACGACGAAAUGUUUCAAUUUGAAGACGAUGUAAAACUGAGCUACCAAGACAUACCGCCUCCACCUGGACUUUCGUUGAAACCAGGCAACUUGCCACCGUCAGGAUUUGGACCUUCAACAUCGCAAGGAAAGCCGCCAGCAACAGUGAAGCCAAUCGGAUUCAGCAUCACACGGAUUGGAGAGCCCAUGACGCAGCCUAUGGAAGAAGUCGAAAAGCCGAAGCCUUUCGCCGUUGAGAAAUUGAAGGCUAGUGAGCCCGGAAAACGAAGUAGCUCAAAAUCACCGUCUCGACAAGCAAAAGCGGACGGCUGGGAACCGCCUAAAGGAUUGACCCCAAACGCUUCUUCGCAUAGAUUGAGUCAACUUGCCGCCAUUAGCAGCGCUCCAGCUACACCAAAGAGACAAAGGCGAAGAGAUGCAGCCACAAAAGAACUCGUGAAUCUCGUUGUUGUUGGGCAUGUCGACGCAGGAAAAAGUACGCUGAUGGGACACAUUCUUUGCAAAUUGAAUUUUGUUGAUCAGAAGACGAUACACAAAUACAAGCAAGAGUCGAGUCGACAAGGAAAGGCUUCAUUCGCAUUUGCAUGGGUACUUGAUGAAACCGAUGAAGAGAGAAACCGUGGCAUCACGAUGGAUAUUGCUCGAACGUUUUUUGAGACUAAGCACAGAAGAAUCGUGCUUCUAGAUGCCCCGGGACAUCGAGAUUUCAUCCCAAAUAUGAUUACAGGGGCUUCUCAAGCUGAUGCGGCACUUUUGGUGGUUAACGCGAAUAUUGGUGAAUUUGAAUCCGGCUUCGAUAAAGGAGGACAAACUCGAGAACACGCGAUGCUCCUUCGAUCUUUGGGUGUAUCACAAUUGAUAGUUGCUGUAAAUCAAUUGGAUAAAGUUGAAUGGUCACAAGACAGAUACAAAGAUGUGGAGAGUCAAAUCAAAGUGUUUCUUGAGCGAACGGCCGGAUUCACGAACAUCAAAUUUGUUCCAUGCUCAGGAUUGAGUGGAGAAAACUUGAUUGAACGCCCAAAUGAAAGUUGCGACUUACGUAAAUGGUACAAUGGACCCUGCUUAAUUGAAUUAAUCGAUGAGCUUCAAGCACCAAAACGAGUUGUCGACGGCCCUCUUCGCGCGAUUAUCAAUGACAUUUUCAAGUCAACAUCGACAUCACUGUCCGUGUCAGUAAAAGUUGAAUCAGGGGAGAUUCAAGUCAACGACAAACUUUACAUAAUGCCGAAUGCUGACCAGGCCCUCGUUAAAGCUGUAACAAACGACGAUGGUGGUGCUUCGGAUUGCGUUUAUGCUGGAGAUCAAGCAUUGUUGACACUUUUUGGAGCAUUUGAACCUGACACAAUACAUCCAGGACACGUACUAACUAGUGGAGGAAAGGAUGCUUUGAUGCCCGGGCGAAGAUUUAUGGCAAGGAUUGUCGUUUUUGACAUUCCGAUCCCAAUUAUGAAAGGUACCAAAGCCGAGCUUUUCUGUCAUUCUUUGUGUGAACCGGUGACCUUCGUCAAACUUGUGAGCGAAAUCAGCAAAAAUAAUGGAAAAGUUCUAAAGGAACGCCCGAGGUGUCUCGCGCGAAACAAAUCGGGAAUGGUCGUUAUUGAAACGGAACGAGAUGUGGCGAUCGAACCAUAUACGGUCUGCAAGCCACUCGGAAGGAUAACGAUUCGAUUGAAUGGACAGACGAUUGCCGCUGGAAUCAUCGAAUCACGAACCGAU